AUGCUGAAAAUCCUGUUUCUGCUCGUCAUCGCCUCGAACACGGUCGCGUUGCCCUGGGGCGAGGUGUGCGAUAGAUGCGUGCAAAUGGUCGAACGACUACGGCAGCUCCCCGUCGAAGAUCUGAAUCAGGCUCGCCUGCAGCACAUUUGCUUCGAAUCAUAUGUGCGCUGCUCACACGGGAAUAAGUACUGCUCACUUUGGUAUCUCACCGAGGAGCGCGUCCACCGGAUCCAGGCUGAGCUUCAGCAGGGAGGCCGCAACGCCCAGGUGUGCGAUCGUGCCCUGGAGAUCUGCCGAAUCGAA